AUGCGCGCCUCUAUCUUCAUAACAUUUAUUCUUCCAUAUCUGGCUAUUGCUCAAGUCGCACCAGGGGCACCCGAUACCCCUCGAGCUCCUGAUGCUCCUGGCGCACCAGGAGGACCCGAUACCUCCAUCACAAAAACUAGAACUUCAACAGCAACUCUCACCCGAACUAUCACUGUAUCAAUGGUAUCAUCUGUUAUUGCAACUGUAUCAAUGAACAGGACUGCUCCUGUUAACACUGGGACCUUCCCGGCCUGGAAGGCACCUGCUGCUACGAAUACGAAUAUACCUCAAAAUACCAAUCCUGCAGGCGGCUUUGCUAAAAACAGUGGAACCGGCUCAUCUCCUCAACCAACCUCAAAGUUCAUACCUGGGAACAGUGCCGCAAAUGUGCGCGGAAAUGAAGGCCUUUUAGGGAUAGCCGGAAUAUUGGCAAUCCUCACACUUUGGUAG